ACCGCCGUUAAUCCUCAUCGAAGAAGAGUUUGGCUCUGCCCACCUCCUUGCUUGUUCUGCCCACUAGGAUUCAGGCUCGGGUCUAUCUUGGGUUAGUUGUAAAGAUCUUUGACCGCAUUUUAUGGUGCUAGUACGUUAGGUUACUUAGUAUCAGUAGCUUCAUUAGGCCUGAAUCACUCGCGAUAGGCUACGACGACCAAGAAUGAACAGGAAUUGUCUCUGACAUCUGACGAGGCCUGGGCUGGCUCUCAUCACUGAACUGUUGGCGCUACUGGGCAGAAUCUCCAGCCAUAACUUUGGAUAUCGUUAGCAGAUAGCUAGAAGACAUCGAAUUCAACCUUUCCAAGUUCGACAUUGUUGAUUUGAUGCCCCCGUCGUUCUGACAGACAGAGCCGCCAAUAUGAUGCCGAUGAUCCUGACAGUGUACCUAAGUGAUGGGGAACAGGCACUGACCGAGGUGCCCAUCACCCCUGAGACAUCGUGCCGCGACGUGGUCGAGUUCUGCAAGGAGCCUGGCGAGAGUGGCUGCCACCUUGCCGAAGUGUGGCGAGGCAACGAACGAGCAAUCCCCUUUGAGCACAUGAUGUUCGAGCACCUGCAGAAGUGGGGACCCCGAAAACAAGAGGUCAAGUUCUUUCUCCGGCACGAGGAUUCACCCACCGAAAGCAGUGAUCAAGGGAGCCAGCAAUCUCAAGAGCAGGCCAACCGUAGAAGUGGAGAAAAGCACAAUGAGAAUGGGGUGGGGAACCCCCGCGUGGAGCUCACGCUCUCGGAGCUGCAGGAGAUGGCCACACGGCAACAGCAGCAGAUCGAGGCCCAGCAACAGAUGCUUGUUGCCAAGGAGCAGCGUCUGCGAUACCUGAAGCAGCAGGAGCGGCGGCAGCAGCAGUCGGUGUCUGAAAGCGAGAAGCUGCAGAGGCUCAAGGAGCGCGUGGAGAGCCAGGAGGCCAAGCUUAAGAAGAUCCGCGCCAUGAGGGGCCAGGUGGACUACAGCAAAGUCAUCAACGGCAACCUGUCGGCAGAGAUUGAGCAGGUGAGUGGGCUGUUCCAGGAAAAGCAGGUGGAGCUGCAGUCAGCUGUGUUGCGGGUGGAGCAGCUGAGUCUGCAGCUAGAGGACCUGCGGCGGGGAAAGCUCAACGGCCUGCAGUCCGCGCUGGGAGGACAGGUCACCAGCACUGCAGCCCUGGAGCUGCGCAAACUCUACCAGGAGCUGCAGAUCCGGAACAAGCUGAACCAGGAUCAGAACAGCAAGCUGCAGCAGCAAAAGGAUCUGCUCAACAAACGCAACAUGGAGGUGACCCUCAUGGACAAGCGCAUCGGCGAGCUGCGGGAGCGCCUCUAUAAGAAAAAAGCUGAGGCACGUCAAAAAGAGAACUUACCUCUAAACAAGACCAACGGGCCUCCCUCUCCCCAGCCGGCCCCAGGGACUCUGGGCCGGGUGGCAGCCGUGGGCCCCUACAUUCAGGUCCCUCUGCCGGGUAGACAAGAGGGAGGCUACACUGGACCCCCCGAACCUAUGAAACCCCAGACGCUGGGUGUCAACGCCCCAGCCAAUCAUGCCCGCUCCAAAUCAGGGGCGGACACAGUGCGAAAGCCCCUCGGCCCGUGGAAGGUGUCUGAUUUAGACAUCGUGGUGGACCCACUGCCCACUUCCCCUCCAGAGGCGCGCUCGGGUGGCUCGGACGGCAUGUCCCCUAAUGAUGCUGGCUGGCCCACCCUUGGCAAGGGCAAUGCCUCUCUCAAGCCCCCCGACUGGCCAGAGUCUGGGCCGGACACACAGGGAAAGAUUCCCCCUCAGGGCUCCCCUGCUGCUACCACAGCAGACAAGGUGCUGGACUCCAACAAGAUGACUAUCUCCUCCCCGGUGGCCCCUUCCAAGCCCCAGCCCCCUCCCUACGGCUCCCAUCUAAUUUCUGCCGGCUCCACCAGUUCUCUGGACCGCCGGCCAGGCCAGCUCCCCAACCCCCCCGGCCCUGUCUGGCCCCGUGUUCCCCCCUCCACCGGCUCCUCCUCCCAGCAGAUCCAGCAGCGCAUAUCGGUGCCCCCCAGCCCGACCUUCCAGCCCAACUCACCUCUCUUCCCACCGGGUCUUCCCGGGGAUCGGCCUGACCCUGUCCUGGCUGUUGCGGUGCGCCCCUUCGUCCCAGACAGAGGCUCCCGGCCCCAGUCGCCACGCAAGGGCCCGGCCACCAUGAACUCCAGCUCCAUCUACCACAUGUACCUCCAGCAGGCGGCGCCCAAGAGCUACCCGCUCAAGCCUGCGCUCAAAGCAGUGUACGGGAAGCCCGUUCUCCCCUCCGGCUCCACGCCGCCCUCCCCCCUGCCCUUUAUGCUGACAGGGGGGCCCUUCCCCGGGCUCCAGGGGCCGGCCGGUGAGGACACUGGGGACAGAGAGGGCCCUGACGUAGACGGGGCCCCGGAUACCCCCCCGCCCAAUGUGGAGAAUAUCCCGCGGCCCCUCAGCCCCACCAAGCUCACCCCUAUGGCUCACUCACCCCUUCGCUACCAAAGCGACGCCGACCUGGAAAUGCUUCGCAAGAAGCUGGCGAACGCCCCGCGGCCCCUCAAGAAGCGAAGCUCCAUCACUGAGCCAGAGGGGCCAGCCGGGCCCAACAUCCAGAAGCUGCUCUACCAGCGCUUCAAUACCCUGGCUGGCGGCAUGGAGGGUGGUGGCGCUGGAGCAGGGGGAGUCAGGGCGGGCAGCACGCCAUUUUACCAGCCCGCCAACCCACCCGACUACCCCGGUGACUUGUUGGCAGACGCCGACAACGGGAACCCGCCAUGUGAGGACUCACUCCCUCCCCCACCACCAGCCGUGGCAGAGGGGUCGUCCUCAGAGCCCCUGCCGCCGCCUGACGCCAAUGACAACAAGCUGCUGCCCCCACCACCGGCCCCCGAGGUGAUCAGCCCCCCUGCCCCGGAGGCCUCGGAGGAUACCAACAACAAUAACCUAGGGGGAGUCUCGGUGGCCACCCUGCCUAGCCCUGUGCCUGAGGUCAGCUCUCCAGAGGAGGUUGCCACCACCCCCUCACAGCAAGUGGAGAAGCGAACUAACCUGAAGAAGCCCAACUCGGAGCGGACGGGUCACGGCCUGAGGGUGAAGUUCAACCCCCUGGCGCUGCUGCUGGAUGCCUCACUGGAGGGCGAGUUUGACCUGGUGCAGAGGAUUAUCUACGAGGUGAAGAACCCCAGCACGGCCAACGACGAGGGCAUAACCCCGCUACACAACGCAGUGUGCGCCGGACACCACCACAUUGUCAAGUUCCUGCUCGACUUCGGAGUAAACGUCAACGCUGCCGACAGCGACGGCUGGACACCCCUGCACUGUGCAGCCUCCUGUAACAGCGUUCACCUGUGCAAGUUGCUGGUGGAGUCAGGGGCGGCUAUCUUCGCCAGCACCAUCAGCGACGUGGAGACGGCGGCAGACAAGUGUGAAGAGAUGGAGGAGGGCUACAUCCAGUGCUCUCAGUUUCUGUACGGUGUCCAGGAAAAGCUGGGCGUGAUGAACAAAGGGGCGGUGUAUGCGCUGUGGGAGUACGAGGCCCAGAGCCCAGAUGAGCUUUCUUUCGGCGAGGGCGACGCCAUUACCAUCCUGCGGCGGCAAGACGACAGUGAGACCGAGUGGUGGUGGGGCCGCCUGGACCACAGGGAGGGUUAUGUACCCCGCAACCUGCUGGGGCUCUACCCCAGGAUAAAACCUCGUCAGCGCUCCCUGGCUUAACCCCUCUGCCUCUUCCUUGGGUGAAAAACUGGACUACAGGCAGGCGUGGCCGAAGACUGGCGGAGUGGGGAGGCCUGGUGCUCCCCUACUGCCACAGUUUCCCCCUCCUCCCUGUAACCCUGGCUAUGGGACACCGGACAGUGUUCAACACUGACACACACACACACACACACACACACACACACACAGACCCCAGAAAAGACAGGAUCCCUCUGCUACCCCUUUUCGGUUGACCAAACCCCACUCUGCUCUCUCACUAUCUCCUUUCAGCUUUAUUUAAAUCCGUGUGUGUGUGUGUGUGUGUGUGAGAGAGAAAAGCUGGAGCACAAGGCUCAGUGGAGAAUCAAGUGCUUACCUCUGACGGUUGAUGUGUGUGUGUUUGGAGAGGGUAAUGUGUGCGUGUGUUUUGUGGUUUCUGUGUGUGUGUGAAUAGUUUAGAGGGCCUUGUGUGUUUGGAAAGUGUGUGGGUUUAAGGACUAGAGAGAGGGUGCUUGAAUGUGUACAAUAGGUAUGUGUGACAUGUGGAUGGUGUAUGUGUACCAGUGUUAAUUUAGUCAAUAACUAUGACAAAAUAAUAGUCCAGCUAUUUUUCCUGACAAAAACUAAUGAUGAUAGUGAGAUGCCAUGAAAAAAACAAUAACUAACCAUUUUGUUUUCUUUUUAGUUGAUGAAAACGUGACUAAUGAACAUUCAAUUUGACAUGAAGCUCCCUUUAGUCUGUUUUGUCCAAUCAUAAGCAUGCAUGCCUUUGCAGAAUAUUGAAUGCAAUCCUCUCAUUGGCUAAAUUAACGUCUUUCAGUUGCAGGGUCUGAUUGAGCUGAUCUGCCCGGCUCUCCCUCACAGCUCCCGGCGGUCACUUCAGUCACUUGUGUAUCUUUUGAACUGAUGCUCAGGACACUUCAAUUGUAACUAACCUAAACUAGAAACAAUGUAGGCUAUUUUUGCUUUGAUCAGAUCAGAAAAGAUUUUCCCAUGUGUGCUACUAUUCAUCUGUGUUGCUGCUCUCACGGCCCACUAAUACGAGUGCAGUUUUUUAAAUGGAAAAUAUGAAUGCCAUUUGCUUAAUAUUAGGAGUACAGUAAUAUUUCUGGCAUUGUUGGAAAUCUCAGAUUCUCCCCCUUCAAGGGAGUCACUGUUAUUUAUCCCCAUCCCAAGUUUAUGAUGGGAGAAAGAGCUGAAUGCCUAAAUUGUUUCAUCUGUAGCCAAGGCUUUAUAGCCUGUAUGGUAAAUCAUGGCUGGAUUUGGUUACAAUCUGCCUUGUCCAACUAGGCCUACUAUCUGAAUGUGCACAUGACUGAAAGGUUAUGUAUGAUGAGUUUAACAGGUCAAGAAUUUGUGUUUGCUGUGAAGAGGGGUGACAGUUUGAGGUCUGUACAAUGGUGUGCCAGAUUCUGAAUGUUAUGUACAAUCAUAACAGGGAUUUUACAUUUCCCUCUAUCGAUAUGAACAAAGAGUACCUAUAUCAAUUCUGUAGGUCGCUUGCUAAGUAGCUUCCAAAUAAGCCAGAAUUUUAACUGUCCUAACUUACUUUUCCAUCAGCUUCUUUUCCUUCUCAAAUGAUAGAGAUUAUUUAGGGAUUUGACACUGCCCUUCCACAUGACAAAACAAAAAGGCCUUAUUUUUUUUAACUUAUGGAAAAUAACCUAUUUCUCAACAUAUGUUCCUGGAUUUUAGUCCCAGGUAAAGUACUCUUCGUUAGUAAAGUGUAUUGGAUUAUUGAAAUUUCCCAAACAAGAUAAAACUUUUUUUUUUUAUCUUCUCACGGAAUAAAGUACUCAUCCCCUAAUUUUCUUGCGCCGUCAGGGCCAUGCUAUCAUAACAUACCCUUUUUAACUAUUUAAAAUUUGUCACGUUAAGUGCCCUGCUUUAGUCAUAGAAGUUAUCAGCAAAAACACACUUUAUUUUACAAAAACUUUUAAAGCUUCACUCAACUUGUCAGCUCCUCCAAAGAGAUGUGUCCAACCGUUGCCAAUAUAGAUUGAGAUUUGAGAUAGAAAGUGGCGUAUGUGAUGAACAGGGAUGCAGUGUCCUAUGCGUUUGCUUUCGUGCAGUGAAGGAGCUCUCCUUCGGGCAAACGUGUGUGUGUGUGUGUGUGUGAGAUACGUCAGGCCUCACUCACCAUAGAGUCAUGAUCAGGGGGGGUCCUCACCACUUCACUUCAGGCGCGUGUGAAAGUGUUAUAAUUGAGCACUUGAUCAAACCCACGCUCUUACAAAUCUGAUGGGUGUGGCCAUUCAAGCAGAAUGACAUUUACAUAACACUAAGGUAUUCUUUUGUUGUAUUACCCCUACUUUCCCUGCCUGACCUUGUUUCCAGUUCUGUGAGAUGAGAUUUGUACCUUGCCCGGCAAGGCCGGAAAAGAGCUUUACCCUAAUAAUCUCUGUAAAUACUGAGAUGAGUAUGUUUGACUGUCUGCUGUAUGAAGACUCAUUGACUCGUGGGGGUUCUGUAAGCGUUAAGGAUGCAGUACUUACACAUCCUGUCCUGUAAAUGUGCACAAUAAAAACAAUUCCCCGCAUGACAAA